UAAUGUCCUUGAAUGGCAAUGCACUCCUUGUAUUGACAUAAAUAUCAGAUUGGCGAGAUGCCUGGCCUUAAAAUGCCCUUAUGUUGACUACUAACAAAGAAUGUCUCAACACAUGACAGAUGUUCAAAGAUAGCACAGUGUGUCGUUGCGGUCUGCACUUAGUGGCCAAUGCAUGCCAUCUUCCUUUUCGACAUUCAGAGAAGAAUAGGGAAAUUAAGUCAGUGUGGCAGAUCUUCACACGACACAUCUUUGAGGUGUAGACUGGUGCGACUGCAUUAAAAUGAAUUCAGCUAAUUUGACAAGCAUGUGCAACGUGGCCAAUGCUAGCUGUAAAGUGCACAGCUUUCUUGGCUUUUCUUACAGUCUGGUGUUUGUCGUGGGCUUUUUUGUCAAUACUGUGGCCUUGCAUGCUUUUAUCAUGCGACGACACGCCUGGACAGACACCCACAUCUACAUGUUCAACUUGGUCAUCGCCGACUCGGCCUUGAUCAUCUGCAUUCCCUUUCGGAUCUAUCAUUCCUUCUUCUGCCUGGACAAGACUCUGCUGUGCACCUUUCUCAUUUUCAUCCAUUUCAUCAACAUGUACUCGAGUAUCCUGACCACGACGGCCAUCAGUGCCCACCGCUACUUUGCUGUCAGGUUCCCUUUGCGAGUGAGGUCAUGGAGAAGGAAGAAGGAGACGGCCUUUGCCGUGUGCUUGCUCAUUUGGAUAGCUCUGCUGGCGAUCGCCGCUGUAUUCCGAGAGGACAAUUAUCCUCGCAAACUGUGGACGUGCUUUGAAAGGUGCAAAGAUCAACCUUUACAUUUUGAAUUUGUCGCCAUUCUCCUGUGUCUGGGCUUCCUCGUUCCUCUUUUGAUCGUAGCGUUUUGCUCAAGUCAGAUGAUCAGUAUUAUGUUAAAGGCAGGUGGCGAGUCAUCGCCGUUGCAAAGAAGCAUCGUUGGCAUAGUAACAGCAAACCUGGUGGUGUUCAUCGUCUGCUACACGCCGCUCCAUGUUAGCAUUUUUACGAACUUUUUCUAUCGUCCACCUGCAAACUGGACAUCGGUUUACCUCCCUGCAUAUGCAUAUUUACGUGUUGCUGAGUGGAUUUCCUCCACAAACUGCUGCCUAGAUUCAGUUAGCUAUUAUUUCUUAUUGAAAACGUCGUACCCAUCUGUCAGUGUGUGAAGGAGAGUUGACAUUGCACAAAAACUGCAUAUAAUGUAAAGUAUGGUCAAAAAUCAAUGUGCCUUUAAAAUGCUUAAAACAUUUAUAUUUUGCAUGAGGGAAUUCUUGUCAUUUUACUUCUAAAUCCAACCAGAUUAAACGUUUUAUUUU